AUGGUUCAUGCAAAACGCAGCAGCAGCUGCUCGCCCAAAGCCCAAAAGCUUCUCACCCUCUCAGGCCACUAUCUCAGCCACCGAGAUUUCUCUUAUUGCCGCAAAUUCGCUCUCAAAGCUCGAGAGUCCGACCCGCACAACUCCGAGGUCGACCAAAUCCUCGCCGUAGCCGACGUACUCCUCGCCGCCGAUCACCAAAACCCAACUGACUGGUGCUCCAUUCUCCAAAUACCGCCACCCGGCUCCGAAAACCCGACACUCGUCCGGACCCAGUUCGAGAAACUCAAGACCCUCUUGGAACCCAGCAAGAACGGGUUCGCUUUCGCUCAGGAGGCCUUUGAGCUCGUCCAGAAAGCUUGGUCCUUUCUAUCGGACCAAAACAAGAAAACCCAUUUCGCAAAUGGGUCUGAGAAUGGGCAAGAAACCCCAAAACAGAGAGAGCAGAACGAAAACAAUGUUGGGGAAAAUGGUAAGGGGUAUAAUGUGGAAGAGACAUUUUGGACAGUUUGUCCGUACUGCUAUUACAUGUUUGAGUACGGGAAGGUGUAUGAGGAUUGUUGCUUGAGAUGCCAGAAUUGCAGGAAAGCGUUCCAUGGAGUGGCAAUAAAGGCGCCAUCACCGGAUAUUAUAGUGCAGGGGAAGGAGCAGUACAAUUUCUGUUUUGGGUAUUUUCAAAUGAUGUACAUGGACCCAGAGAAGCAGAUGGAGACAGAGGUAACUGGCAAGAAAGACAAGGAUGUUGUGGUCAUCUCUGAUGAUGAGUUUGAGGAUGAUUUGGAUGGUAAUGUGGGUUUUGAGGGAAUGGAUGAAGAAAAGGUAAAGUUUGGGAGUGAAGGAGUUGUGGGAACUGAUAUAGGUGGGAGUGAAGGAGUUGUGGGAACUGAUAUAGGUGGGAGUGGAAGAGCAGAGUUGAGGAGUGAAGGGAGGACACCAGUGAAGAGGGUGAAGACUCUAGCAAGGCGUCUGAAGAGCAUCAAAUCGAAAUCCGUGGCAAGGAAUACGAAGAAGAUAAUGGGAAAUGAGAUGAGAAGCAGGAGGGUUGAGUUGAUGGGUGAUGAGAGGGUGGAAGGAGCGGACACGAGUGUUGAAGAUGGAAAUGGAAUUGAUAAGGGAGGUAGUGGAAGUGGGAGUGGAAUGGAUGGGCUGGAGUUUUUUGAAGGAGAAGAUGAUAUCUAUGUUGGUAUAGGGAAUAGUCCGGUUUGA